UUGCUAUCCCAUUCGUGGAGCCGAAUCGUUUUCAUAAACAAAAGCCGCCAACCAGCCCAUAGAGCCACCAAAACCCAGACUCUCUGUUUUUCUCUCUCGUAGCGCAGCCAUGGCCUCUCUCUCAGCUGCGAUCUCUCACUCUCCGAAGUCAUUGCCUCGCCACGCGAAGCCCAAGAAGAUCUGCCAAUCGCAAUGCCGUACACUCUCCCUUCCUCGCCACUCCCCUAUUUGCAGAAUGGGUUUUGUUUCUCGGUGGGGAAGCAGAGGGACAUCAAAUACCCGCAUUUUUACUUCAGUUAGAGAUGUUUUACUGGAUGAAUCUGCGGAAAAGGUACAGCUUCCCAAAGGUGACACAUGGUCUGUUCAUAAAUUUGGUGGUACCUGCGUGGGAAGCUCAGAAAGAAUUAAAAAUGUAGCAGAUAUUAUUGUUAACGAUGAUUCAGAAAGGAAGUUAGUGGUUGUCUCUGCAAUGUCAAAAGUCACAGAUAUGAUGUAUGACCUCAUUGACAAAGCUCAAUCACGGGAUGAAUCCUAUAUAUCUGCAUUGGAUGCUGUUUUAGAGAAGCACAAAUCAACUGCGCUUGACCUACUAGAAGGGGAUGAUCUUGCUAGAUUCUUAUCACGGUUGCAUCAUGACAUCAGCAACCUUAAAGCAAUGCUUCGUGCGAUAUAUAUAGCUGGUCAUACAACAGAAUCUUUUAUGGAUUUUGUUGUAGGACAUGGAGAACUAUGGUCUGCUGAUCUGUUGUCAUCUGUCGUUAGAAAGACUGGAAUGGACUGCAACUGGAUGGAUACAAGGGAAGUCCUUAUUGUAAAUCCUACUAGUUCUAAUCAAGUUGAUCCUGAUUACGUAGAAUCUGACAAAAGACUUGAGAAAUGGUAUUCCCAAAAUCCGUCUAAGACAAUCAUUGCAACGGGUUUUAUUGCUAGCACAAUGCAAAACAUUCCUACUACCUUGAAGAGAGAUGGAAGUGACUUCUCUGCAGCUAUCAUGGGUGCUCUAUUUAGGGCCGGUCAAGUCACAAUUUGGACAGACGUUGAUGGUGUUUACAGUGCGGAUCCCAGAAAAGUUAGUGAGGCAGUGAUUCUGAGGACACUAUCUUAUCAAGAGGCCUGGGAAAUGUCAUAUUUUGGGGCAAAUGUAUUACACCCCCGCACCAUAAUUCCAGUGAUGCAAUAUAGCAUUCCAAUUAUAAUAAGGAAUAUUUUCAACCUCUCUGCUCCUGGAACGAAGAUUUGCCACUCUUUAGUUAGUGACAAAGAAGGUGCCCAAAAUUUGGAGUCUCUUGUCAAAGGAUUUGCAACGAUAGACAACUUGGCCCUUGUAAAUGUUGAGGGAACUGGAAUGGCUGGUGUUCCAGGUACAGCUCAUGCUAUUUUUGGUGCUGUAAAAGACGUGGGAGCCAAUGUUAUUAUGAUAUCUCAGGCUAGUAGCGAGCAUUCUGUGUGCUUUGCUGUGCCUGAGAAGGAAGUAAAAGCUGUUGCCGAGGCAUUAAAGUCUAGAUUUCGUCAAGCUUUGGAGGCUGGGCGUCUAUCUCAGGUUGCAGUCAUCCCAAACUGUAGCAUUUUGGCAGCUGUUGGCCAGAAAAUGGCAAGUACUCCUGGUGUUAGCGCUACCCUCUUCAACGCACUGGCAAAGGCAAAUAUUAAUGUUCGUGCUAUAGCUCAAGGUUGUUCUGAGUACAACAUUACUGUAGUAGUCAAGCGAGAAGAUUGUAUAAAGGCCCUAAGAGCUGUCCACUCUAGAUUUUAUCUUUCAAGAACCACCAUAGCAAUGGGCAUUAUUGGACCUGGAUUGAUUGGUAGCACAUUACUUGAGCAGCUAAGUGAUCAGGCAGCAGUCCUUAAGGAAGAAUUUAAUAUUGAUCUGCGUGUUAUGGGAAUCACUGGCUCUAGGACAAUGCUUUUGAGUGACGUGGGUAUUGAACUAUCUAGAUGGAGAGAACUUCAAAAGGAGAAAGGUGAAGUGGCUGAUUUGGAGAAAUUCACUCAACAUGUGCGUGGGAAUCAUUUUAUUCCAAAUACUGUUUUGGUAGACUGCACAGCUGACUCUGUCGUUGCCAGCCAUUAUUAUGAUUGGUUGAGGAAAGGAAUUCACGUAAUUACCCCUAAUAAAAAGGCGAAUUCAGGACCACUUGAUCAGUACUUGGAGUUGCGAGCUCUUCAACGGCAAUCCUAUACACAUUACUUCUAUGAGGCUACUGUUGGAGCUGGUCUUCCAAUCAUUAGCACUUUACGAGGUCUUCUCGAAACUGGGGACAAAAUAUUGCGCAUUGAAGGCAUCUUCAGUGGGACUUUGAGUUACAUCUUCAACAACUUUAUUGGUAAACGAGCUUUCAGCGAGGUGGUGGCUGAAGCAAAACAAGCCGGUUAUACUGAGCCAGAUCCAAGGGAUGAUUUGUCUGGAACAGAUGUUGCCAGAAAGGUGAUCAUCCUUGCUAGGGAGUCUGGUUUAAAGCUAGAACUAUCCGAUAUUCCUGUUCAAAACCUUGUGCCCGAACCGUUAAGAGCUAGUGCUUCAGCUGAGGAAUUUUUGCAACAACUGCCACAAUACGAUCAGAACAUGACCAACAAUCGAGAGGUUGCUGAGGAUGCGGGGGAAGUCUUGAGAUACGUCGGGGUUGUGGAUGUGGUUAAUCAGAACGGUCGAGUGGAGCUGCAAAGAUACAAGAAAGAUCAUCCAUUUGCACAACUCUCUGGAUCAGAUAACAUUAUUGCUUUUACAACAACAAGAUACAAAAGCCAGCCUUUGAUAGUCCGGGGACCAGGUGCCGGGGCCGAAGUCACGGCUGGAGGAAUAUUCAGUGACAUAUUGCGGCUUGCCUCUUAUCUUGGUGCUCCGUCGUAGUAAUAUUCUUUCACAAGGCCGUAGUCCAUGUCCUUCAGGCCUUAAGUUGUGUUUUUUUCCCUGUUGGACAUGUUGUGGUAGUCAAUAGAUCCUUUGUGUUAUUGUAUGCCACUCUUAUUUUAUGGUGCUCUAGUAGGUUGAUCUACGAAGCGGCUUUUAGACCAGGAGGUGUAACUGUAGGAAGCAUUAUGGCCUAUUGGAAAAGAGUAGUUUUUAGGAAAAUAGGUUCAGUUACUGCUCUUUUCUCUUCUUGAGUAUAUAAUGCCAAUGUGACCAUCUUUUUGGUCUAACAGAGAUAUUUUGGUAAUUUAGUAAAACUUUGUUUUCUGCGAUAA